AUCAUAAAACACGAAAGAUAUCGGGGGGUAGCGUCGAAAUGAGUGGUCCGAAGUCUAUUUAAAUAACCUCAAUCCGGUCUUCGUCGUCUGUUCGUCUCCAAUUCAACAAUCUCACAGGAGACGACGGCGACCCAUCUCGAGUUACGGCGAGAGAUUUUGACGGAAUUGGAAAGGAAGAUUCAAACUUUUUCGUCUUUCUAGAUCCCUCGUGCUCACCUCUUCUUCCUCCUCUCUCAAAGAUCUCUUCUUGAGCUUUCGAAUGAAUCCGAACCCAAAUCCAAUGGGAUUGGCGCAGCUCAUGUCGACAAUCAAUUGGGAGGAGGAAUCUUAUCCGAACUACGAAGACUUCACCGCGCUCCCCUUCCUCGUUGUCUUCUUCCCUACAGUCAGAUUUUUUCUCGACAGAUUCGUUUUCGAGAAAGUGGCACGGAGGCUUAUUCUUGGCAAGGGACAUGAAAAACUUAAUUGUGAGGUAGAAGACAGGAGAAAGAAGAUUAACAAAUUUAAGGAAUCAGCUUGGAAGUUUGUUUAUUUUCUAUCAGCAGAGUUUUUGUCUUUCUCUGUUACGCAUGGUGAAGCAUGGUUCACAAAUACGAGAUACUUUUGGGUAGGACCUGGUGAACAAGCCUGGCCUGAGCAAAAGAUAAAAUUGAAACUUAAAGCUGUUUACAUGUAUGCUGCUGGAUUUUAUACAUAUUCCAUAUUUGCCUUGAUGUUCUGGGAAACACGACGGUCAGACUUUGGAGUCUCCAUGUCCCAUCAUGUAGCAACCGCUGUGCUUAUAGUGCUGUCAUAUAUAUUCAGGUUUGCCCGUGUUGGUUCAAUAGUUCUAGCAAUUCAUGAUGCAAGUGAUGUAUUCUUAGAAGUGGGGAAAAUGUCUAAGUACAGUGGCUGCGAAUUGCUUGCUACUAUCUCAUUUCUUCUUUUUGUUUCUUCAUGGGUAUUACUGCGUCUCAUGUACUUCCCGUUGUGGAUACUUCGAAGUACAAGUUAUGAAGUUGUACUGACUUUGGACAAGGAGAAGCACAAGUUUGAAGGCCCCAUAUACUAUUAUGUGUUCAAUACCCUUCUAUUCUCAUUGCUUGUUCUCCAUAUCUAUUGGUGGGUAUUAAUGUACCGGAUGGUUGUUAAACAAAUUCAGUCCAAAGGGAAAAUUGGUGAUGAUGUCCGGUCUGAUUCCGAGGGCGAAGAUGAACAUGAAGAUUGAUAUAUCCAAAUGCUCGUCAACCUGGCGCUUCUUUCUGGUCAUCAACGUCAUUAAUUCUCAUAUAUUUAUUGUUUUCUGGCUCAUAGAACUCAGAUUACACAGAAAGCAGCUCGACCGCAAAACUCAGCAUCAUCAACAUUUGACGAAGCUGCAUGUAUUUUCACUUGUAUUCCUUGAAUUUGUGAGUCCUCUUCACUGGUUCGGAGCUCCAAGUGCACUUUUGUAUAUUAAUUUUAGAACGCAGAUUUGGACAUAAGAAAUUAGAGUAGUGCUGAUUGCAUAUUUACCGGUGUUUUAUUGAACGAUAUCUGCAUGUUGCAAUGUCUUUGUUAAAGCCCUUCCACUGCAUCACAACAUUGAAGUUGCGGUGAAGGUUGAGGGUUGUAAUUUUAUAUCCUAACAUGCCUUUGUAGGUUAAUCGCCUUUAUGGGUCAAAAUAUGAACUUGUGCGAUGAUGUCUUUUUCUUAAAA